GAGCUGCGCGCCCUGGCGACCGCCUGCGUGCGCGGGGCGCCGCCGAGCCUGGCGGAGGGCGACGGCGGCGCCGCGCCAGCGCCGGCCCGCGUGGACCGCUGGUCCCCGCACGCCUUCGUGGACGCGUUCCUCGCGAAGCACUGGGUGGACUUCAAGCUGGGGAGGUACGCGGACGCGAGUGAGGCGCUGUCGCCCAUCCUGGAAGACGCGCCUGGUCUCGCCAGCCUCUUCCAGACCGGAUGCGACGAGGAGGCCGCGAUGAGGCUCCCGGCAUUCGUGGACGGGGCAGACGACGGCGACGACGCCCUGUCGCCGCAGGACUUCUUCCUCGACGGGGGCGCGCAGCGACUGGACGUGCGAAAGCUGCUCCGCCGCGGCGCCUCCAUGGAGCGGGGCGACGGCACGGCGCUCUUCCUCGGCGGCUGCGACAUCGCGCCCUACUGGGGUGACCUCCCGGAGGUGGCUCUGAGGGCGGGGGAGGAAGACGUCGCGCACCGCCUGCGCGCCUACGUGCAGUACAUCCUGCCCGAGGGAUCGGAAGCCGUCCCAUCCCACGUCCUGAAUGACCCCCAGGGCCACUUCGUAGCUCACUUCGAGGAGGACGGGAGCUGGUACACUGCAGACGACCUGGGCGAUCGGCCGCACGUGGUCCAGUGGGCGCCUGGCACCGAGCACAAGAUACCUUGCAUGAUCUUCCUUGAGAAGGUGGACUCCAGGGCGGCCCGCGCCGAGGCGCGCCCGUGGCCGCCCGGGCCGGUCGUCGACGGCGCGGAGGGCGCGGGCGGCGACGGCGACGGCGACCGGGACGGCGAGGACAGCCCCGGCCUCGACGGGGAGUGCGACGAGGAGGAGGACGGGGCCGGCGACGCUGGCGUGCUGGGCGCGCGGAAGCGGCCCGCGGCGUCCACGAGGAGCGGCGCCCCUGCCAAGAAGCGGCUCCGCCUCCGAGGGAAACAGAGCGCUGCUGGACGGCAGCAGAGCCGCGCUGGGAGGCAGCAGAGCCGCGCUGGGAGGCAGCAGCAGCAGAGCCGCGCCGGGAGGCAGCAGAGCCGCGCUGGGAGGCAGCAGCAGCAGAGCCGCGCUGGGAGGCAGCAGCAGCAGAGCCGCGCUGGGAGGCAGCAGGCCAGGGAGGAUCAGAAGCGCGGUUGCAAGCCGGAGGAGGUACUGCGACAGGGGCGGAAGCCGAAGAGCAAGGGCGACAACGCCGACGGAUCCAGACAGGACGCCCAGAACAACGCCGCCGCCCCUGUCCUCCGCAGCAGCAGGGAGGCGAAGAGCUUGCAGACCGCCAGCGAGGAGCGCCGGUUGUGUGGGGAUCUCUUCCUGCUCCUGCACUUGCUGGAGCCGCUGGUCGCUGCCGAUGACCUGCUGAAGCAUUACCCUGACUUCUUCGUCUACGCGGGCGACGACUGCACCCGCCGAUGGGCGACGUUCCUGCAGGCACCCGAUCGACCCGACAAGUUGGCCGGGAGACUGCGGGAAGCGCUCGGGGUCACGGAGAACGAUAUUUCCGACGCCAAGCGCCGACUGGAGAGCGGGGAGUGGCACGUGCACCACGUCGCGGAGCUCCUGGACGAGCGCCUGGGCUCCGCCCACGGCGCCCCCUCCGUGGCGGCCGCGGCCCGCCUGGCGGCGAGCGACGCGUCGGCCGCGCUGGGCGACGGCAACCCGCUGAGGGCGCACCUCGCGGAGGCGUGGCAGCGCAGACCCUGCAACCGCGGCCCUCCCCGGCACGCCGCCAUGCCUGCGCGCCUUCGGGAUCGCUCUGAGUGGUUCCAGUGCCCCGCGCCUGCGCUGCAUUAUGCCUGCCGCAUGUGCGAGGCCGAGUUCCCCAACAGGGAGGCGUUCAAGGAGCACCAGGGCAGAGUCCACGGGGGGCAGCGGCGGUACCAGUCGCAGUACGUGGCGCGGUGCGAGCUGGAGCCCUACCAGCCGUCGCCGACCGAGGAGCGUCAGGUGGUUGCCAGGUUCCGCAUUUCCCAGUGCUGCGCCACCGUCGACCCCGUGGACGAGCCGUUCGUCCCGAAGCCUGAACCGGAGGUGCAGAAGCAGCUGCUCCACGCGGAGAUCAUCGGCAGGAUCGCCGGCAAGAUCGGGCAGGGGGAGCCCGCGGAGGAGAUCUCCCUGCAGGCGGCCGGCGCGGCGGAGUCGGCAGCCCGCGCUCAGGCGGCGUGCCGGGCGAGGGAGCCCCGCGCUUUCCAGGCCUGCGUGUGCUGCGCCAUGCAGCAGUGGUCCGAGAACCUCCACUCGGAGUACCUGGUCGGCGACAAGUGCACCAUAAAGGACCGGGCCCAGUUCGCGGACUGCCUGUCGGCCGAGUGGUAUCACCAACGAUGGCCCCUCAUACCGCGCGACGAGCUGAUGUCGUCGGCCGUGAACUUUCCCCACGACGACUGCGAGGGCUCGCCGACGUCCACGAAGAUACUCUUGCACAAGAGGCGCGUGCCGCCCGAGGCGCUCGAAGGGAAGGCGCCGGUGAAAGUCUGCGACGAUUGCCGGAAAGACCUGUGGUCUGAUCACCCCAAGGUGCCGCUCAUGGCGCUGGUGAACGACCUCUGGCUGGGCCGCCACCACCCGCUGCUCAGGAAGGCCGCUCUCGCGCACCAGUUGCUGCUCGCGCUCGGCCGCGUCGUGUCCACGAAGACCUACCUGUCCAGCAAGGGCGCCGACAAGGCCGUCCGGCAGGAGCAGCAGUCGUGGAGGCAGAAGUUCUUGCAGUACGCCAUGCAGGGCACCGCCAUCGUGUUCGGGAACGGGAACGUGGACCACGCGACGCGGAGCUUCCCGCCGGAGCCCGACAUGCUCAGGGCGGAGUACGACGCCCAGGCGCGGUUGUUGAAGCAGCACAACUACGUGUACAAUGACCCGGGCGUGCAGUACCGAUCGGACCUCGUGGACCGGUUCCCACCGCAGCCGGGCGUGCCCGACUUCAUGCUGGCCUGCGCGAAGUAUGUCCCCACGGACGCGGCGUUGGACGACGUCGCGCAGGCGCAGGGCCCCGCGUCGGCCACCACCGGUGCGCAGGCAGAGAUGAGCGCGGCCGCCGAGGACGCGCAGGAGCUGACCAAGUGGCUGUCCGUCCUCGAGGACCACAUGGACGACGUCAGCGAGCUCACGUCCCUGCCGGCGCUCCAGGGCAUGCUCGAGAGGAUGGAGAGUCAGGCGGGUCGCGUGGUGGCCAACGAGCUGAUGUCCAGACUCGAGGACCAGGGAGGCGAUGAUAGGGCGCUGCAGCUGGACGAGAUCGGGCGUUGCCGCCUGCGGGACCUCUGCCAGGAGUUCCACGCGCGCUGUCGGAAGAUCUCCCCGGGGGAGGACAUGGCGAAGCUGCGCUGGCGCGUCCAGGCGCUGGAGACCAACAACUGUCUGGCGGAGGAGGGCGCGGGCGACUUGGCGCGAUCUGCAGGAGUCGCGGGGACUCCCGCCGAGGACGAUCCGCGCUCCUUGCAGGGACCGCCCGGCCCAGACGGCCAGCGGAAGGCGAGGCUUCGGGUGCCCACUUCGAGGAAGGCGGAGAGCUGGUGGAAUCCGAAGUACUGGUCGAUUGCCAGGCCCACGGACUUCUGCUACGGGGACUGCGCCCGGGGCCUCGGCCAGCUCCCCCCGGACGGAGAUGAGGACCCGCAGAGGCAGAAGGAGGCUCGGCUCUGCUUCAGCGUGGCGCACUUCAUCAAUAAUCUUCUCACGCGGGAGGAGAUGGAGUACGAUGUGCCUUCGGACGAGGAGAAGUACGUGGCCAGGCCCAUCAGUCGUUUCCGGAGCUGCUGGUACGACGUGCACCUGCUGUGCUCCUUCUGGAGAGUCACGGAGACGACCAACAGCACCUGCACCUUCAUGAAGACGCCCGGGGCGUUCGGGGCCGCUCGCGCCUGCGCGGACAUCACGCCGGAGAUGAUCGAGGAGGUGCAGCUCAGGGCGCAGCAGACGGGCGGGAAGGCCACGCUGCACGGCAUCCUCAAGGACAAGGACACCCCGAACGAGGUGCGCAAGGCCUUCGCCACCCUGGGCCAGGCCACUGCCGGCCAAGUCGGGUCCGACGGACACAGGCGGGAGCUGCGCGGAGAGGGCGAGGCGUAUACUCUGCGCUUCGGCCCGCCCGUCCAGUUCGUCACCCCGAAUCUGGCAGACACCAAGCAGCCCCUGAUCCUGAUCGUGCACGGGGAGGAGUACACCUUCGACAACGACCUGACCGGGGCGGAGCAAGUCACGUUCAGCGAGAUGUCGCAGCGCAUCACCGCGGACCCCGUGGGCCAGGCCGUGGUGUUCGAGCUGAUGAUGAGGCUGUUCUUCGUCCACGUCCUCGGCCUGCGCCCGGAGACCGUCGGGUGGCGGCGAGGAGAAGUCCGAAAGGCUUCGGAGCACUGGAUAUCCGACGGCGUGGCGGCCGACCUCAUGGGCGCGCCCACGGUGUUCGGCCCCCUCGCGGCGGCCUUCGGCCCGGUCGAGGCUCAGGGCCGCGGCUCGCUGCACCCUCACAUCCUCAUCUGGCUGCUGCAGGGUCAGCUGCGCGUGCUCUUGGACAUGCUGCAGCGCGACGAGGCGCGCUUCCAGGAGCGCUUGAACCUGUGGAUGCGGCAGGUGGUGCAGGCCGUGGUCGCCACUCAGCAGAGCGCCGUGGAGCUGCUGCCCCUGCAGCUGCAGGGGGGCGAGAACAAGUGCGGGGUCACGGUGCCGCCGCCGCCGUUCGGGCCCAACGAGAAGCGGUACUUCCGGGCCGACGGGGGCGCGGAGAUGGCGACUGCAGAGCAGCUCGGGGACGGAGGCGAGACGGAGCCGCGGGAGCUGCGGUUCUACGAGCCCAAGGUAGACGACUACCACAGGGCGAUUCUGUGGGAGACGUCCCAG